AUGUCGACCACGGCCCCCGAAAAGCACGUGAGCAAGCGCGGUUGUCUUAAGUCCCGCCGGUCUCGAAUUGUUUUAGCCGUCGUCAUCUUUAUUGUGGUUCUUGCCGCCGUCAUCCCCCCGGUCGUGGUCACCACACUGCGCAAGAAGAACAGUAUGGGGCCAAAAUCCAAGGUUUUCGUGCCACUCUACGUAUACCCCGCCCCGGGGGCUUGGACUCCCCUUGAAGAAGUGAUAUCUGCCCACCCAGAUGUCAACUUUACAGUCGUAAUCAAUCCUGGCAGUGGUCCAGGGCCCAACGCUCUGCCAGAUGCAAAUUAUACACGUGAAGUUCCCAACCUCGCUUCCCAUGCCAAUGUGCGUCUUCUGGGAUACGUCCACACGACGUAUGCAACACGCAACGUCUCCCUAGUGCGCAAGGAUAUCGAGACCUACGCGGCGUGGCCGUCUGCAUCUUCCAACCCGGACUUGGCCGUUCGGGGUAUAUUCUUCGACGAGACACCCCAACAAUACAGCCCCCACUCUCUAGCAUAUUUGCAAAACCUGACCGAUCUGACCAAAGGUCUGAAUGGUUUCGGGCCAGACCCAUUCGUCAUGCACAACCCAGGGGCCGUUCCAGACUCGCGCUACUUACCAACGGCAGACUCAACAGUCGUGUUCGAAGAAACCUACACCACCUUCCAGGAAAGGCAUGGUGCGAGACUGCUCACUGCUAUCCCUGAAAGCAACCGCACCCAGCUCUGCGCAGUUAUCCACUCCGUCCCGAGUACGGUGGACGGGUCAAAGCUGCGCGGACUGGUCAAACAGGUCCGCUCAGUGGCUGAUGAGGUUUUCAUCACCCACCUUAGCUCCGAUUACUAUGCUAGUUUUGGGACGAAGUGGGCCGAAUUUGUCAGUCUGAUGGCAGCAUAG